CAUGACACCGAUACAUAAUUUUCCCCAAGAUCGUCUAUCAACUGUUCCUGGCAGGAACUGACACAACAGCUACCACCUUACGUUGGGCCCUGCUUUACAUGAUUCUCCAUCCGGACAUCCAGGAGAAAGUACAGCAGGAGAUAGACAGCGUUCUGGGACCCAACCAGGAGCCGGCAAUGGCACAUCGUAAUCAGAUGCCUUACACGGAGGCGACCCUAACGGAAGUGAGCCGACACGCUACUGUUGCGCCACAUACCAUUCCGCACGCUACGAGCAACGAUACAACAUUCAGGGGGUAUGACAUCCCAAAGGGCACAGUGUUGGAAGUUAUUCUAUGGUCAGUGCACCAUGACCCAAACCUGUGGCCGGAGCCGGACAAGUUUGACCCUAACCGCUUCAUUAAUGACGCCGGGAAAUAUGUGAAGAGAGAGGGAGUUAUUCCGUUCUCCCUUGGCCGUCGUGUUUGUCUAGGUGAACAGCUGGCCAGGAUGGAGCUCUUCCUCAUCUUCACAUCUCUGCUGCAACGCUUCACCUUCAAGCUGCCAGAGGGCGCCCCUAAGCCUUCGGAAAAUGGAAUACCUGGUCCGCUACAUCAACCUGUGCCAUUUAUGCUGAUUGCUGAACCAAGAGAGUGAAAUGAAAUCUAGGAGUUAUAGCUACACGAGUUUAACACGCUAUAUG